AUGCUUCGCACUUCCAAACUCGCCAUCUGGCUGUUCAUCAGUAUGCUAGCCACCACGCUAGCUCUAGGAAUCUCAAAUACUGUUCAUCGGCUAUCUGACCGUGAUAACCGAAUUGCCAGGGAUGUGGAUGCUGUUUUCAUCAAAGACGCUCCUAUCGUGGACGAGUCCGACGAAUAA